AUGCAGCCUUCUUUAGUAAUGGCCCUCAUGGCAGCCGGAACUCUCACCGGCCUGGCCACGGGCACGCCACACCUGGGACGGCCCAAGGGUUGGUGUGACAAUGCGGACUGCAGCAAGGUUCCUGCGCCCUUCACCCGCCGCGGCGUCGUUUCCGCCCGUGACGACCAGUGCCAGUACUCAUGCCACCUGCGCAGGCUGCGCGAGGCGGCGGAGAAACGCGCCAAUGCAAAGCCGGUCGACAUGGGCAUCGUUCCCAGCGCGGAGGAAAUCACAGUACCAGAGCCGGACGACGCGGAGCCGUCUAAAGACAACAAGAAGAAGCGAGCCGCCGAGGAUAUGAACAUGCCCGACGCGCUCCAGGGUGGCAGCGCCGCAGCCUCCAUCUUCGCCUCCAACCCUAGCCUCUUCAGGCGCGCCGGCGAGACUCAAGCUGCUCCGCAGGUACCCGUUGGCCAGUUCGACGUGGCCGUCACCAACAUCCCCCGUCGCAGCGAGGGUCCCUGCAAGUUCGCCGUCGACGCCAGCCCCCAGCCCGAGGAGUCCGGGGCCGGCAUCGUCUGCCUGGGCUCCGCCGGCCAGAAAAUGAUGGAGAGCAUGACGCGCGCCACGGUGGCCAUGUUCGCAGCUCGGCUGGCCGUCGAGUACGACCGCAGUUGUGAGCUGAAGUCCGACACUAAGGCUCACUUUGAGGGCCAAGAGGACAAGUCCGUGUCUCCGUUUGAUCCUAGCAGCACCGCUGCGGCGAGCGCUGAGGUGCUGGACGAAAACACCCCGGGAGGGCACACCUUCUUCCUUAGCUGCGGCGCUGUGUUCCUCUACCGCCCGUUGUCCGGCCCUAGCGGCACUUCCGUAGCUCCUGCGGUCAGGAUGCUUCGCGACGCGCGCGGCUUUGUGCCUCUGAUGGCCGAGUCGAUUCCAGCAACUGUAUUCCCUACCAAGCAGUCUGCUAGGCGCCAAGAAGGCGGCGCGGCUGCAGGUACGACCUAUAAUGCCUCCAACCCACCUCCCUGGCUUAAGGCGGCCCAGGCUGAGGCUGGGACUGCUCCUAAGGCUUAG